AUGCAGGAGAACACCAAGGAUAAAGGUCUUGGUGAUGUCAUCUGGUUUCACUCGGAACCUUUUGCUCCUCCAAUUUAUGGUCUAAAAGGACUUAUACACAGGAAAGGCGAUUACGAACCCUGGCGUCAAGUUGCCGAUAUGGAGCGAGAUAUAUUUUGCGUCACUGCCGAGUCAUGGCAACCACUGGUCACGAACUGGAAACCCCUUCAUGUCGAGGCUGAGGAUGAAUGGGGGCGCCACUUUAUUGACGACGUCACUAACAUCGCUGUCGAGUUUGACCCAUCCUGGUAUCAGACGAUUAAAAAGUUCAGUCCGGAUAACCGCGUCAAAGACUAUCCUCCAUCUCUGGCCUUUUUGAUCAGAUUACUUUUGGACCAGGACGAUCGACUCCCUCCCGAAGAACUAAUGAAAUUUGUCGUGAGGCGGGAUAACCUGCGUCCACGAGACUUGAUUAGAUAG